AUGGAGCAAACCAAGGCCCUCAACGCUCUCGAGCCCUUCCUGGCCCUCAGCAAGUCCGCGACAUUACCACGAGCAGCAUCGGACUUGAUCGUACAAGCCACCAGUGCGCCCAAUACAUACGUAUUCGCCGAACUCCUACAGACGCCAAACAUCCAGAACCUACGGAAUUCAGAGGAGCAUGCGUCGUAUCUUACCCUGCUCGAGAUCUUCGCCUGGGGAACCUGGGAAGACUACAAGGCUCAAGCAAAUCUCCCCAAACUCUCCGCACAGCAACACCAGAAGCUUUUACUGCUCUCGUUACUGCCCCUCUCACACUCACACGCCACCCUCACCUACAAACAUCUCAUGACAGCGCUCGAGCUGCCCACUACCCGCGCUCUCGAGGAGCUCAUCACCACUGCCAUCUACUCCGGCCUCAUCACUGCGACGCUCGACCCCGCACAUUCCCUCGUCUCCGUAACAUCCAUCUCACCACUCCGCGACCUCGCGCCAGGAUCCCUGCCCGCCCUCCAAAACACCCUACAGUCAUGGUCACAACGGUGCGACUCCGCUCUAGCAGAUCUGGAGGCGCAAGUCGCAAAGGUCAAGAAAGAGGCCUUGGAUCGAGAGAAGAUGCGCCGGAAGAAAGAGAGGGCGUUUGAGGCAGUCAUGACGGUCGGUGACGAGAAGAACACCGGCAAGCGGAAUCUGAUGGGUAUGGGCGGUGACGACGCCAUGGAGAUCGAUGAGGAUAGUAGCGGUAGGAUCACAAGAGGUACUAAGAGGGGCCCUGGCGGAUUCGGCUUCGGGAGCUCUGGAAGGCGUUAA